UCUCACUAGUCGUUACGUUCUUUGUGCUUCUCGGCGUGUGCUUCUUGCGGGACGAGCAGGAGCAGAGGUCAGGUCGCAAGCGGACCGCACAAGGAGCAACAGGAAUCCUGUUAAAACUUUUAGAUGAUCGAAAGUGCCCAGUGUAGGUCCGCGGCUGGCCCGGGAUAAGGUGAGAUUUUUCGCCGGGCGAGAGCCACCGGGGGACCCGGGCGCAGGGUACCGGUGGUAGUGCGCACCCAUCGGGGGUAGCGGUGGGCGGCAGGCGGACGUGCUCAGGGCGCUUUCCUCCUCCUCCUCAUGACAAAGCGGGUGAUCCGACCGAUGAGCAACUCGGGAGCAAGUUUCCCCCGGGAUUCAAAAUGAUCACAUUGUUUCUCCCCUUGAAGAAACUGCGGCGAAAUGUCAAAUAUGUCCUGUUUGGGGCAAUACUGCUCGUGGGGUUGGUGGCAGUUUACCAAGAGAUGCUUGCUGCAAAAGCAUGGAGCAGUAAUCUCGAUGUAAUUUCUAAUGCUGACCGCAUCAGCUGGAAGAGAGACCUAUAUGAAGAAAGGUUGAGAAGGGACCAUCAGCCACACACUGUCGGUGAUACCACUGCUUGGGCUUCCAGUUAUGCUCCACAACCCUGGAAACCAGAGUAUAUGGGACAGGCCAAUCUGCAUGUGUUUGAGGACUGGUGUGGCAGCUCUACGGCUGAUCUUCGCAAAAAUCUGCAUUACCCGCUUUACCCCCAUUCCAGAAUCACGGUGCGGAAGUUGGCCGUCUCUCCUCAGUGGACCAACUAUGGGCUCAGGAUAUUUGGUUAUCUUCAUCCAUAUGCUGAUGGAGAUUUUGUGUUUGCUGUGAGCUCUGAUGAUAACUCUGAAUUCUGGCUCAGCACAGAUGACUCUCCCCUUAAUUUGCAGUUACAGGCAUGGGUUGGAAGGACAGGAAAAGAAUGGUCUGCCCCGGGUGAGUUUGAGAAGUAUGCCAGUCAGAACUCCAGACCAGUUCGGCUGUCUGCUCAGAUGAGAUACUUUUUUGAAGUUAUUCACAAGCAAAACGACAGAGGGACUGACCACGUGGAGGUGGCGUGGCUCCACUUGGACCAAGACAGUUCAUUUAUGAUUAUUGAAUCCAAGUACAUCUCCCUUUAUACUGAUGAGUCAGCCCUGUUGAUGAAUGAUGUUUCCCACAUACCACAAACAGCUGCAAGCCACUGGCACACCCCCACAAAACAGCGCAGCGCUGAGGCAGAUAUGCUAAUUGAAGAUCGGCGAGAUUCAUUCUACAAAGUGCAUAUGUUAAACAGCAAGUUCCUACAAGGUGUUCUUCCUGAUUGCACAUACAAACCCUCUUACACAAUCAAAGACUUGCCUUUGCAUCGUUAUCAAGGACUCCAGUUUGUCCACUUGUCCUACAUCUACCCAAAUGACUACACUCGACUAACACACAUGGAGAUGCAGACCAGCUGCUUCUACUCUGAGAGCUCUUACUACCUGAAAAUGUUCGGCUUCUCCAGAUACAUGAAACUUGACCGUCCAAAAGAAAGAGAACGUUUAAACAGAGAUUUCAAUUUCCAGGGAUGGAAACGGAUCCAAGAUAAGGUGCAUUUCCACAAUGAGACCUAUGAAAAAAAAAAGGAAGUCAAGUUAGAUGAUGUGGAUAAUGGCCAUUUAAGAGACUAUGGAGAUGAAUAUAAUUAUGUUCAAAACGGCAGGCGCAAGCUCUUCUCCUUGGUUGUCCAAAAAUCUAACAACACAUUGGGUAACUCUUCAUAUACAAGACUGCGCAGAGACAUGUUGGAGAAGAGGGAAAAUAAUGGAAAUUUGUCUCAGUCUCAGUCAGCGCUAAAGCAAGGCUUAGCACAUAACCUGCAACAAAAUCAUACAGAGUUACAAAAAGAGGGCCCAGUUAAAAAACCAGAACAGAUUCAACCAAAGCUACAGUUGAAACAAGUAGAAAGACAAAAGGUAAAAUCACCUCUGAGACCAGAACAAGCUAAUCCGCUGAUACUGGAUAACAAAAAACAGCUUAAAGAAAAGUCAGUUGUCCAAUCAGAGCAACUUGACUCUAAACAGCAUCGGAUCCAGAAAACGAACCAUUCCCAAAUCCAGCGAGUCAAAUCCUCACAGCUUCAGAACCUACAGAGGAAUAAUCCACAUCCUGAAAAACCCAUCCUGGCCAAGCAGCGGAGGUUUGUAACCAGAGAGAAGGAAUUUGUACUGCCCAACAACAAACGUUUUACCCCUAGCAAAAGAAAUUUCAGCCGCCCGCUUGUGAGAUCAAAUCAAAGGGACUCGAAUGUCAGAAAAAGGCUCACAGAUAAGGAGAUAGAGCUGAAUAUGCCUCUACAGCAAGAUUUAGAAAAUAGCAUCCCUAGAGCUAAGAAAAGUGCUAAAGCGAAAAUGGACAAAAAGUGGAUGGAUAAGAAAAAAGAGAGGGCCCAAGGGAGGGAGGAAGAUGAGGUCUACAACAGGGCUAAGAGAAGGAGAAACACCACAGAGGAUGAGAGAGACUACCUAUGGAGAAGACAAGGAGAGUUUGACAAUGCUGAUGAUGAGGAUCUUGCACCUGCACCAGUUGUUGACAUUCAGGUCAACUGGAACCAAACCUUCCAGGCCAGCCCCCUGGACCUUCAGGCACAGCGUUCAGAUUGGAUCAACCUACAAUGCAACAUCUCUGGAAACCUGCUGCUCCACUCCAAUGAUGCUUUGGACAUAGUCAAGACGUUCAUGGAUAAAUUGAAUGCAAAGCAUCAUGGGCAGUUUAAGUUGGUAAGAGUGGUUAACGUGGUGAAGCGUGCGGAUAGGUUCCAGGGCAGCCGCUACCUUCUGGAGCUGGAGCUCAAAGAUGUGAAUGGCCAGCUGCUGCGUUUAUCACAGUACAUCUAUGCUCUGGUUCACCAUGGUGGGCUGCGCAACAGGGACUUUAGCUUCAAGCAGUCACAACGUGAGGUGUUGCUCUGCAACCCGGUGGGCUUCCACUGGAAUCCUGUUGCCACGGUCCACUUCGUAGUACCAGUAAAAAACCAGGCUAAAUGGGUGCAGCAGCUGAUUACUGACAUGGAGGAACUGUUCAGAAAAUCUAGAGAUGCUAACUUCAACCUCAUAAUCACUGACUACAACAGCACUGACAUGGAUGUGAGGAAAGCUCUUCAGAAGUCCUCACUUCCCAGCUACCAGUAUGUGAAGCUGAGUGGAAACUUUGAGCGCUCUGCUGGUCUGCAAGCAGGUAUCGAUCUGAUAACUGAUGAUCACAGCAUUGUGUUUCUUUGUGACCUCCACAUCCAAUUUCCUCCCUCAAUCAUUGAUACCAUCAGAAAGCACUGUGUGGAAGGAUACAUGGCCUUUGCGCCCAUUGUCAUGAGACUGGACUGCGGUGCUACACCUUUAGAAGCCAGAGGUUACUGGGAGGUCAAUGGUUUUGGCCUGCUGGGGAUCUAUAAGUCAGAUCUGGACAAAGUGGGAGGAAUGAACACCAAGGAUUUUACUGAGCGCUGGGGAGGAGAGGACUGGGAGCUUCUCGACAGGAUCUUACAGGCAGGUCUGGAAGUGGAAAGGAUCUACUUGAGAAACUUUUUCCACCACUAUCACUCCAAACGUGGCAUGUGGAACCGGCGAAUGUCAACAAGCCCCAGGUGACCCUAUCACCUGCAUCUGCACAGUGACAUCGCCACGGAUACAACCAUGGCAACCGGAGCACUUUAAGGCCAGAGCGUGAUUCAUGUUAUUUAACGGUAAUACCUGCUGACUGUUACAGAGAGGAGCAUAGGAUCCGGUGCUGUCUUUGUUCACUCAAGCUUUGUGAAGCAGGUGGCAGCGCUGAAGGUCAUUGCUUAGGAGAUACUACUGAUAUGUUCAGAGUUUAUUUAAUUGGAUAUACUGUGGACUACAAACAGGGUACUGGCUAAUGAGUUCCAAUGACUGUACAAUUCAAUACAUGAGGAUACUGCUGUGCACAGUGUUGCUGACCAAGACCAUGAUCUGCACUAUGGGCUGUAAGAAAAUGCCCUAAUCUGAAGACAAAACUGGAUUCCAUGGAUGUAAGCUCACAAGUGACCCUUAUCAUAAGCAUCACUAUUGCACAUGGGUCUUAACUUGGGGGGGGGGGGGGUAUUUUCUUUGUGACAAAAAAAAGAAUUUUACUGUAGAUUGUGUGUAUGGUGAAAGACAGCCUUUAUUUGCAAUGUUGUAAAUUACAGAAAACUUUCUAUUUAUUGAAUAGAUGUGGUGUUUUUCCCCAUUGUGUUUAAUUAAACAGACACAUACCUCAGUUUACCUUCAAAGUGCCCUCCCCUCAUUGUGCUCAUCAUAUUUAAGUGUGCGUUCUUCUCUGCUGUGACUGUUACUUGGGUACUGAGGACCUUUUUACAGACAAAUCCGAAAAUGCCUUAAACUGAAAAAAAGUACAUUUUUAAGUGAUUUUUAAUGAUUGUCAUUUAGUUGUUUUUAAGGAAAAUUGUUUUAAAACUGUCUUUAAUUCGGACAGAUUUGUGCCUUUUUUGCCCAAUGCACAGACCUUAAAUAAUUGCAUCAUAUCAACACGCAUUAGUGUGAGAGUAUGUUUUCCAUUUCUGCCCAUUCUCCUUACACUGCCACUUACCAAAAAUAACAAAACUACGUUUUGAAUUCUGUCUUUUUUCAUGCUCGUAUUAUUUCCUUUAGAUAUAUUUGCUGUACUUUAUAGUUUUCCAUCAAUGAGUCAAACUUGGGGUUGUUUUCUUUUUUUUUUUUGCUCCCUUCCUAAAGUUUUCAUUUCUGUCAGCACAGUAAUUUCACAAGUGUAAUUACUGAGUGAAAUUAUUGUGUCUCUUUGUCAUGCUGUUACAUUGUUACUUACAUUGUUUGACUAAUGGCAGUGUUUUCUCAUUUUUCACAUUCCAGUUCAGCAAAUUAGUUGUGCUCCUUUUAUCAUAUUCUGGGAAAAUAACUAAUAAGUGGUGAACUAUUGGACAUUUAAGGUAAUGAAGACAGUUCAAAUGUGACUUUGAUAUGGUUUUGAUUUCAUAACACUGCUAAGAGUGGUACGGUGUGUUUGUGUUUUGUUUCCUUUUACGAGAGUUGAAUCUUUUGAAAUUUGCUUUGUGGUUUUGCUGGAGUGGUGCAUACUUUCCCCUUUCCUUCUUUACACUCCUUCACAGCUGACUGUUUUAAAAUACCUCAUCCCUGUCUUUAUGCUGGAAAUAGGUUCUCCAUUAAUGUACUGCUCUGGAGCAUUUUCUCUCAGGGACAGGUGUUUCCAUAUUACACUACCUUGACAAAUUUGACAAUUAAAUGUCUCUAAAAUGU